AUUUAAUUGCCAAAAUGAUAGCUAAAGACCAGUUGCCUUUUCAUCACGUUGAAAAACAAGGUUUCAAAAACUUAGUUAAGUUCUUAGAACCUCGCUACACCAUACCUGAUCGGACAACAUUUUCAAGAAAUAUUAUUCCUAAAUUGUAUUUGAAGGUAUCUCAGAAAAUUUGUGAAAUCAUAAAAAAUAUGGAGUUUGCAUCAUUUACAACGGAUCUAUGGUCUUCAAACAAUAAUACAGAUUAUCUGUCAUUAACUUGCCACUUUAUAGACAACUCAGACAACAAUUUUAUCAGAGAGAAUAUAUUAUUAGAAGUCAUUCCUUUUAAGCCCAUGUAUCAUCUGGGUGAAGAUAUUUAUACAUUUACUAUUGAAACAUUGGAAAAGUGGGGAAUUAAAGAAAAACAAAUCCAUGUUUUUUUACGAGACAACGCUCCAAAUAUGGUGAAGGCUUUUAGUAACAGAGAUUUCUUUAGUUUUGGCUGUUUUUCUCAUUCACUUCAACUGGUAAUAACUGAUGUGUUAUGGAAGCAAAAAAAUCAUGAAGAAUUAUUAAAAAAAGUUAGACAAAUAGUUGGCCAUUUUAAGCAUAGCAUUUCAGCUAACAAAUUACUUAAUAACUAUCAAAAACAAGAAAAAUUGCCUGAACGAAAAUUUAUUCAAGAUGUUACAACCCGCUGGAACAGUACUUAUCUUAUGAUUACUAGGUUUCUAGAGCAAAAAAAGUCUGUCGUUGGUUUAGCUCCUUACAUACAUCUGAAAGUAAGUUUGACUAGUGAAGAAUGGGUUUUAUUAGAUGAAAUAUCUAAAGUUCUUGAAAUAUUUUAUUUGGUAACUUUGACGUUAUCUAAAGAAACCUCAUCACUGUCUGAAGUCAUACCAGUUUUAAGAAGCGUCAGUACAUAUUUGGAAAAAGAAGUCAACAAAUCUAACAAAAAUGAAAUUGCUGAAAAACUACUGUCUAAAAUGAAUGAAAGGUUUAGUGAAUAUGAACAAAAUAAAUUGCUUUUACUCAGUACAAUUUUAGAUCCUAGAUUUAAAGAUAGAGUAUUUUCCGGAGAAUAUGAAAAAUUUCAAGCACUUAAUAAUCUAAAAUUGGAACUUGAUGUAAUUUACAGAAAUGUUACUGACACCUCUACAGUGUCUCCUGAAAUUGAGUCAGAGGUUGUAACAAUUAAUCAACAUCCAUUAGAGAAGUCCAUAUUUAGUCAUAUAUUGCCUGAUCACAGAGAACCUAUGCAGUGCAAUUCAAAUGAAGCAGAAAUUGAAAAAUAUUUAACAGAAGAUUUGAUUGAUGAGAAAGAAAACAUAUAUGAGUAUUGGUCUAAAUCUAAAUUAAUAGGAUUAAAAAAGCUAGCGGCUAAAUACCAUUCAAGCCCAUCAACCUCGGUGGAUUCAGAACGUGCUUUUAGUACGGCAGGGUUUAUUUGUUCUAAAUCUAGAAAUGCUUUAAAUCCUACUAAAAUAAGGAAUUUAAUAUUUCUUUCAAAAAAUUUGAAGUACUUAGAUUAAAAUUUAAAUGUUUGAUUAUAUUAAAGAUUAAGCACUUUAAUUGCUAUAAAAAGACUUAAACAAGUAACGUUUAAAGACUGAAA